GCGUAAACCUGAGUGGAAAUGAGGAAAUGCCGAUUGGCGAGUUGAUUGACUCUUUGCUAGGAUCUAAAUCAGAACAGUGGCAAGGAAAACCAAAGCUUUUCUUUCUGAUUGACACAGGGACAGCGAAUCAGGACGCAGAAGGAAAAGCACCAAGUGAAAAAAAAAAUGAAAUUUCUCAAGGCGACCCCUCACAGCGGCUGGAUGCUUUUUAUUCUUCGAAGCAAAGAUCUUUUGCGAAAACUUUUAGAGAUUUUUGAAAACAAAGAAAUCAAAGGCGAGAGGAGUCUUCAGGAGUGCCUGUGCGACCUGCUCGUUCAAUCAAGUCAAGGGAGGGGAACCCCUGAAGCGAUGCUCAUCUCUACUUUGCCGCACUCGCUGCAUUUCCCGCAGAAUUUCUUUAAACCAAAAUUUGCAUUGAAAAUCCAAGAUGCUGAAGAAAAGAAGAAAUUUAAUUUUGAAGUAUUAAUUCAAGAAGCGAUGAAAAUGGAGAAGCAUCGCGUUUGGCUUUUGUCGUCCCUUCCGGGUUCAGGAAAGACGACCGUGAUGAGCGAAAUCGCUCUUGAACUUCGAAGGAGACUUUCCAGCGUCAAGGUUUUUAAAAUCGGCCUUUUGCAAGAUGUGUUAAGUUUAAGUCUUCUUCCAGAAAAGAAAGUUGCUCCCUCUUUGGUCACUGUGAUUUCUUCAGCGACUAGAGUUGACGAGGAAGAAAUUGAAAAUUUAAUCGAGGAGAAAAAAAUCAUCUUGCUGUUUGACGGAUUUGACGAGAUUUGCCCCGUUCGAAGGGACGCGGUGCUGAAUUUGCUAGAAAAAGCGGUUGAAAGAGAAAUUCCAAUUUGGAUUUCGACGCGACCGCACGAAGAAGAUGCGAUUAGGAGGAAACUAGGCGGUGGGCAGAAAAUCUGCACAGCAAGAAUUUUGCCUCUUGAAGAAGAACAACAAAUUGAACUUUUGAAAAUGAUUUCAAAAAGAGACUUCGGUGAAUGCAAAAGUUUGAUUGCAAACUUUCAACGUAACGGAUCAGACGAUAUCUUAAGCAAUCCUCUUCACUUGAAAAUGAUCGCUCAAUUGGACAAAUCACUUUUAGGAAACGAUUCUCAAAACUUGUUUGACAUUUACGAGAAUAUUGUGAUGCAGAAGGUGCGGCAUGUGCUAAAAGAAGAUUACAUAGAAGGUAAAAGUGAGUACUUGAAUCAUUUUGAAAAAUGUCUGAGUGAACUGCAAAAUAUUGCACUUUCAUAUCUAAAUAACGAGAGUGUUAAGGAAUUAACAUACGAACGCAAUGGAAUCGUGACACUGAUUGAUGGAAACAUCGUUUUCGUGCACCAAACGUUCGCGGAAUUUUUCGCUGCUCAAAAUUACAUCGACUGCUUAAAGGAAGAAAAAUGUAUAAAUAGUAAAAUUCCCUUCGAUUUAUUGGAACAGAAAUACAGACAAGUCAGAAAAUUUGUGGAAAUGAAAAUUUCCGAGCAAGAUGAAGAAACUCAAAAAUUGAGGUCAUCUCUGGAAUUAGUUUUGAGUGAAAACCUUACGAACAAUAUUAUUUUUGAAAUUUUUAUCGGCGAAAAUCUGCCGACCAUGUUUUCGCUUUUCGAAAACCAAAUCAGCUUCAGCAAGAAUGGCAGCGAGGUCAAAUUUCAUUUUGAAGAUGGUUAUCAAAUUUUAAAUAAGGCUUGUUGCAAGAGCGAUGGAAUUGCUAUGAAACUUUUGGAUCUUCGCGCAUUUGAAAGCUUGGAAUUUUCAAAAAUAAAUGAAAUCACAAAAAUCCUUUCCGGUGCAAUCAAGAACAAUUUCGUGUGUCUCUUUAAAGCGCUCGUAAAAAAGUGUUCCACUCACAGUUUAAUCGAAAAUUGCCGAGCGAAUGAUGAUGAAAUGAGAGAUGCUGUUAGUGAUGCAUCUGAAAAUAAUUACCACGAGAUGCUUAAAUUGGUGAUUGAAAGUGGACUUAUCGACAUGCACGGUAAAGUUGCAAUUGAAGCACUUGAACGUGCGGUAAAUUUCAACAGCGUCGAGUGCGUUGAAAUUCUCAUUCAGCACGGCGUUCCUACUGAAUGUUUAGAUUAUGGACACUGGGGGGUUGUUUCUGAUUAUAUGGAAAUAAGCACGGCGCAGGCACUUCUUAGGACGGAAAGCGAGGCGCCCGAAGAACUCGCAAUCAGACUGUUUGGGCGCGCUAUUGAAGGAGAAAGUGUUGAAGCGGCCAAGUAUUUGCAGCAAAAAUACAGGGUGCUUGAGAAGACAGUUUUUAACAGAGGCAUGAGUGCCCUUCAUGUGGCGACAAUAAUGGAAGGGGAAGAACACUCGGCCGCGUUGAAAAUGUGUCGGUGGCUGGUGGAAGAAUGCGACUUGAAAAUCGGGGACAAGGAUGAUAGAGGAUGGAACGCUUUGCAUCUCGCAGUUGAAAUAGGAAAUUCUGAAUUGGUGAAGUACUUCCUGGAAAAGGAUCCUGCGCUCAUCAAAUUUGUUAAUUUUCAAGGCCUCAACCUCCUUCAAUUAGAAUGCUAUUGGGGUGGAGGAAAAACAAUUGUCGAAUUCAUUCACAGUCGAGACGGCGAUUUGAUUAAGCAAAAAACGGAGGAAGGCAAAACAGCGCUUCAUUUUGCGGCAAAGAAUGGAAAUCAUGAACUUUGCGUUUUUCUCGUAGACAAUGGGGUUGAUUUGAAAGCCGUGGACGACGAGGGGUGGAAUGCAGCCCACUGUGUUGCUAAAAAUUAUAAAGAGGAAGGAGGAAAAAUACUUAUGUACCUGCACAAGGAAAAACCUGAACUGAUCAUGCAAAAAACGAUUUUAGGAGAAACAAUGCUUCAUCUCGCGUGCAAAAACAAAGAAAUUGACUUGGAAACAAUCAAAUGGCUGAUGACUCAGGGAUUGAACCCACGCGACGUGAACAGCAAAGGUUGGAACGCUCUCCACUUUGCUGCGAGUGAGGAAAAUAUUAAAACGAUUAAGUUCAUUCACGAGAAAUGUCCUGGUCUGAUUGAAUCUUUGACGAACGACGGCGAGAACGCGAUGCACUUGAUGGCAAAGAGUGGUUGUUAUGAAGAUAAAUUAAAAGAACUGCAUUCGCUUUGUGGAAAACUGGUCAAGCAGAAAACAAAGACAAACAAAACGAUGCUCCACUACGCAGCGCAAAGUAAUUGUGAUUCUAAAAAGAAGUGUGAAUGGCUGGUUGAGGAAAUUGGCAUGCCGAUUAAAUCUGAGGACAACGACGGCUGGAAUGUUGUGCACUUUGCUGCGAGUAAGGGAAAUAUUGAAGUGAUUACGUUUAUUCACGAGAAAUGUCCAAAUCUAAUUGAAUCUGCGACGAACGACGGCGAGAACGCGAUGCACUUGAUGGCAAAGAGUGGUUGUUAUGAAGAUAAAUUAAAAGAACUGCAUUCGCUUUGUGGAAAACUGGUCAAGCAGAAAUCAAAGACAAAUAAAACGGUGCUUCACUACGCAGCGCAAUGUCAUUAUUAUGCUAAAAGAAAAUGUAAAUGGUUGGUUGAGGAAAUUGGGUUGCAGAUUGAAGCUGAGGACGACGACGGCUGGAGUGUUGUGCACUUCACUGCAAAUAAUGAUAAAUAUUCAAUAAUAGAACUACUGGAUUACAUUAAAACUAAAAACUCCGGACUAAUUUUGAAAACGACAAAGAGAAAGGAAACCGCACUGCACAUCACGGCCAUGAAAGGAAAUUUUAAAGCAUUCAUGUGGCUUUUAAAACACAACGUUGAUAUUCGUGCGAAUAAUGUGGAUGGCAAAACCGCCUUGCAAGUCGCUCAUCCGCAAUUGGUUGAAUAUGUUCAUCGAAUUUUAGAGGAAUGCUCACGGCAACCAAUUGAUCCAAUCUGCAAUACGUACUGUUAAGUGUGUUAAAAUAAAAAUCCUGUUGCGCACAAUUUAACAAAAUUUUAAAUUGGAAACAACUGGAAACUUGAAUUACAUGCGCGAUCUGACUGAUCUUUGAAAAAAUCACGUGUAAGCAGAAUUUUUGUAAUCCUCAAAAAUAAUAUUUUGUCAAGUUUUAAUUUCGCUUUUCUUUAAUCAUUCCUAUCAAUAAAGUUAUAUAUUUUGAUUAUUCAUAAAGUAAAUAAAGCCGCAAUG